UGUUUCUUCUCUGUCUCUCUCUCCGACGGACAGCCGUGAGAAACCAUGUGGUCGGCGACGCUCGCUUUCCCUUCCUUUGUGGCUUCAUCAACUUCUCUAUCAAGCUACACAAAACCGAGACUUCCUAAGAUUCAAGCUUCUCUAUCGAAUUACCCUCUCGCGAGCAAAAUCAUGGUCAGAAACUUACCGUUUUCUAUAAGUGAAGACUUUCUGCAGAAGGAGUUUUCAGCUUUCGGCGAGAUAGCUGAAGUUAAGCUUGUCAAAGAUGAGUCAAUGAAGAGAUCAAAAGGUUAUGCCUUCAUUCAAUACAUGUCUCAAGAUGAUGCCUUUCUAGCCAUAGAGACCAUGGACCGUAGGAUGUACAAUGGGAGGAUGAUUUAUAUAGACAUUGCUAAACCAGGGAAGCGUGAUUUCCAACAACAGCCGAGGACUUCUGGUCCCCCUGAGAAUCAGCUCCACGUGCCAGAAGAACCGGCCAGUAACGAGGUCGCUGAUUGCUGGUAUUAAUUGUUUAGGACCAUUGUUAUGUCAAAUCUCGUCACAAUGAUCAAUAUAAACAAAAAUGUUGUUUUUUUUACUACUGAUAAACAAUCACCGACACGGUUCCAGUUACAGCUCUA